GUUUAACUAUAUGUACUCCUAACAGUUCUUUUAAAUAAGGUAAGAAACGAAGUCUAAUCUGCCUUGUGUGAGCGGCGAACAGCGGGGGCGCACAACCUCGCGUCUAAAUUUAGACUCGAUCUCGGUCAGCGUUGUUCCGCGGUGAAGCCGCAGGUCGCGCAGUCUGGGAUAUAAAGUUCACAGCGUCCUCCGCCCCAUUCACCACCGGCACCAUGCUGCGCACCACGUCCUGACAACCGAUCGUCAGACACUGACCUUCCGGAGCAGAAAGAAAGCAUUCUCCUCCUGGGCACCAAAAUCCGACCGAGGACAGCAACAUGAUGUCAAACGAGAAUAAUUUCUUAACUAUCCCCAGUCGGCAGUCGUUUUUCACAGCCAUAAAGAAUGGAAGGACGCCCGAGGGAAGCUGCAGUUCUCCGGUGGAGGAUGAGGACGAGGAAGAAGUCGACGAGACCCGACUGAUCCCGAGGUCCUCACCGGUGCCCAGAAAACGAGGGCAAUCCAUCUUCGAUGAGACGGCGGAGUAUAUGAAGAUGCGUAUGGGUUUGCCCAGCAGGAGAGUGUCCUUCGCCGACGCCGGUGGUGGAGAGCUGGUCCAGGUGAGGGAGUUUGUCGCUUUCGAGUCCAACGAAGGAGACGAGUCGGAGGAGGAGCAGGAGCAAGCAACCGCACUAUACAGCGAGCCUAUUUACUCUGUGCGUCCGAACUUCCAUCUGCCAACCGAAACUGAGUUGCUUCUUGCGGUACGCACCAACAAAGUGGAGUUGGAAAAGGUGUCCUCUAUGGAGGACGAGCCUCUGGCAUUUAGUGGGCUCAUCCGAGUGCUCAACAUCUCCUUCCACAAGUCUGUGUACGUGCGCUUCACUAUGGACGGCUGGAGAACUUCAUUCGAUUACCCCGCGGAGUACCUCCAUGGGUCCAACAACGUGGAGACGGAUCAGUUCACCUUCAAGCUCUCGUUUGCGCAACCGUACAUCUUCCCCGGAGCUCGCAUUGACUUUGUUGUGCGCUAUGAAUCCGCAGAGGGAGAGUACUGGGCAAAUAACCGCGGGAAGAACUAUUCCGUGGUCUUGAACCUGACCCGUAAACAGCAGUCGGCUCUGGGCAAGGAGCCGGGUGAAGAAGUAAUGAAAGGCAUCUUGAAAGCUACUAGUUACAGAAUGGAAACUGACACUAAGGAAGCUAUGGCUGUAGAGAGCGAAGGAGGCAAUAUCAGGCAAAAGCCAUCCGGCAUGAAUGUGCCCCCGCAGAUCAUCCAACCUGAAAUUGAUGUUGAGAAUGUUGAUGACACCAUAUUCAGCCCUCCUUCCAAAUCCAGCAGAAUAAUCGAAUCAGAAGAUGACACAUUUACUUCUGUGGAGUCCUUCAAAGAGCAACCACCCUUGAUUUCUUCAGCCAUUGAGAACCCGAUACCUUUAACCAUCCAAUCACCUGUUCCCAGGCCGGAAGCAGAGUCUUAUCAGGAACCUGAUCUUGAAAAAGAAUGUUUGCCCACCUGGGAGAGUGGUGAUGUUGCAACAUCCUCAUUGAACAUUUCCAGUAGCUCUCAGUACGCCACAGAAAUAGCAUCUGGUAGCUAUGUGGAACCUAACAGUAGUAUUAUCCAUUCCACAUCUGCUAAGUCAUCCCAAGUCACGGAAUAUGACCCACAAAUCUCAGAUGUUGUCAAAGUACCCUUACAACAAGACGACGUCCAACCCGAGACCAUAGUUUCCCAGUCCCUGGAUUCAAUGGACCCUGACAGGAAUAGUCAAAUUCAAGAGCAACAGACCAUUGCCCCCAGAGAUUUUGGAUCACCAGAUGCAGAAGAGAGCUUUGUUGAGUUUAGGCAGGAAGUGGCUGACUGUGGUUCAGGGUCACCUGAGGAGACAAAGGAGUUUGUCAUUAUGGCAGAAGAAGAGGAAGUAAUGAGGAUUUCAGAAACUAGGCUGGCUUUGGAGAGUGAGCAGUCUGCCACAGGAGAAGAGCCUGGCACAAGGGCAUCGACUAUGGUGCCCACUACAUCUGGCACCUAUUUUGAAUCUGAUGGCAGGGGGAUCCAGUGUCUUGCAAACUCUGAUACUGAGUACACAUUCCCACCAAGCCAUCUCAGACGAGACCUACAGCGUAAGAUGGAUGAUCCUGUCGGUAUUUCUGUAACAGACUAUCGCAGACCCUUGGAUGAGGCUCAUGAUACCCCAGUCUACAAGCUUCAUAAGGAAGGAAAUUUGCUACAGUUUGGUAUCACAAGUGAAGCUACAGGUUCACAGGAUGUCACAUGUAAAAUGUCAGGGUCUCCAGAAGUCACUGUUGAGCAUGCAGAAUUGCAGAAUGUUUCAGGUGAAGUUGCAGGAUCCCAGGACAUAGUUGAACUUGGAGGAUCAAACGAUGCCACAGCUGAAGUUGCUGGAUUACAGACUGUCUUAGGUGAAGGUUCAGAAUCGCAGGACGUCAGAGAUGGAGUCACAGGGUCACAGGAUGUCUCAGAUGAAGUUGCAGGUUCACUGGACACCGCAGGUUUAGUCAGAGAAAUGCAGAAUGUCACAAGUGAAGCUGCAGGAUUGCAGCAUAACACAGGUAUGGUCGCAGAAUUUCAAAAUGUCACUGGUGAAGUCACAGAAUUGCAGGACAAUGCAGGUGAAGUUGGAGAAUUAAAGGACAUCACAGUUAAAAUUGCAGGAUCACAGAAAGUCACAGCUGAAAUUGCACAAUGGCAAAAUGUCACAGGUGAAGUUGCAGGAUCACAGGACAUAACAGAUGAAGUCGCAGGAUCACAGGACAUAACAGAUGAAGUCGCAGGAUCACAGGACAUAACAGAUGAAGUUGCAGGAUCACAGGGCCUCACGGUUAAAGUCGCACAAUCAAAGGACAAUGUAGGUAAAGUUGUAGGAUUGCAGAAUGUCACAGAUGAACUCACAAGAUUGCAGCACCUCACAGUUGAAGUCACAGGAUCACAGGACAUCACAGGUGAAGUCACAGAAUUGCAGAAUAUCACAGUUGAAAUUGUAGGAUCGCAUGUCACAGGUGAGGUCGCAGGACCACAGAACAUUACAAAUGAAAUCCCAGGAUUGAAAAGUGUCAAGGGCAAAGUGACAGGAUUACAGGACAUCACAGUUGAACUGGCACAAUGGCAAAAUGUUACAGGUGAAGUCACAGUAUCACAGGAUAUCACCGGUGAAGUUGUAGAAUUGCAGAAUGUCACAGGUGAACUCACAAGAUUGGAGCACCUCACAGCUGAAGUCACAGGAUCACAGGACAUUGCAGGAGAAGUCACAGAAUUUAAAAGUAUCACAGGUGAAGUUGCAGGAUCACGCAAUGUCACAGGUGAGGUCGCUGGAUCGCAGGACAUAACAGAUGAAGUUGCAGGAUCACUGGGCAUCAGAGGUGAAGUCUCAAGAUCCCCAGAUAUCACAGGUGAAAUCACAUUGUCUGGCAUCACAGAUGAUGUCACAGGAUCGCUGUGCAUCACAGCUAAUCUCUUGUCCUCAGCACCUGCUGCUUCUGGCAUUUUCCUCUCAGCUGAAAAGAAUGAUAUCCCUGUUCUGGGUGAUAUUUUCACCUAUCACCCAGAGACCAGGGUCAUAUCCCCUCAGAAUACGGAUAGCCUGGGAAAUGAAGAGCUUUCAUUGAACCAACAGAUAUUCUUGGACAGUCUUGUAUCAGAGGUGACCAUGUCUGAAGUAUUGAUGCACCAGGCUUUGGUUAAAGCUUUUGUGACCUUGGUGAUUGAGGUCUGCCUGGUGACAGUUAUCACUAACCCCAGUACCUUCCUUAUUAUCGGGAUUUUCUUUAUGCUCUAUCUCCUCUAAGUUUUUGUUGGUAUUUUUUCUGGAAAGUGCCUUUUCACUCGUUUUAUAACCCUCUGUGUACCUGCAUGAACUAACAAACACCAUGAUGGUUAUCAAAACAUUUACACAUGGAAAAAAAAAAAAUGACCAAAUGUGUUUUCACAUGAAGUACACAUACAGCAAUAUGCCAGUAAGCGGUAUUUAAAGUUUGGUGUGUGAAUAUAUAUUGGAUAAGAUUAAUUUGUAUUACACAUUUUUGAAAUAAAUAUGACUGAGAUUAUAGUGUGGAUACCUGGAAAAGUGCAACAGGAAAUGACCUAUAGGAUGUUUAUUUCGUGUUGGGCAAAAUGGUAUUAGUCGUUCUGGUGAGUAUUCAGCAAAAUGAUUGGAAAUUAAAACUGGUAAAGGUUGGCGGAAUGGCUCAAGGUAGAGACUUAGUGCCAAGUAAGGGUAAGAGAUGACAUUUAGAGCUCAGGGAGAAAGAAUGAAUUUAAUGACUAAUGUCUGUAAAUGUCUGUAAAUGUCUGUUCUGCUGUCUGUUAUUUAUUUUUGGACAAAUGACUGUGUGUGUCUUGUAAGAGAAGGUCUUGAAGUCUCCUUUUUCUCUUCAGCUGUUUGAAAUUACCACAGUAACAGUACAGACACAGGUACACAAACACAGAAAUAUAUGAGUAUGCGUAUGUAUUUGUGCUGGUGAGAAAGUAGCUUGCGUUUUAUGAAACAUUUCUGCAAGUGGCUAUUGAAUAAUUUGUCAAAAUGUCAAAUUUAGUCCUAUAAAUGAGGCUUUAUUACAAAAAGUCUUUAGGCGUGCUGUACCAAAUGUUUUGUGAGAUAAUGUGUAUAUAUAUAUAUAUAUUGCUUGAAAUUUCAUUAGACAAAAAGCCAAAAAUGGUUCAUAGUGGUGUUUCUGAACUGUGCCUUUCUCGGUGGUCAGAGCUCGGAAUGUUUAUGCAAGUUUAAAUUGUUCAGCCAUUUUUGUCAUGACUUUGUCAUGCAUUCAGGACAGUCGGCAAAUCAAAGUCACAAGUGUGUUAUUGAUGCUGAAGUGUAUCGAGGUGCCGCACCGGCUGCAAAGGGAUUUCUACAGAAACAUGUUGCUUCUUUGCACAAAGUAAAUCUAGUCUUCUUGUGAGCAGUGUCAAGCUUGCCCAAGAAGGGUAAUUGGUGGACUGUUGCAUCUAGGUAGGAAGAAGCCAUUUAGGUGUGGUCUCUGAAUCCCCAAGAGAAUGUAACUUGGUAUGGGGGGAGGACUAGAUAAUCAUUAAUGACCCUUAAGCGGAAGCAGAUUGGCCUGGUGGUACAGCUUUUUGGGUGCCACACAGGUACCAUUUAGCCUGCUGUUGGGGUAGGGCUCUGCUAUAUGGACAAUUUUGGGUCAAUAAAUUGUUAUGAAACCUG